CUGGGAGCGCGUCUUUGAGCUUGUUCUGCGGCAGUUGGAAAGUGGAGCAAAGUGCGCACUCCUUUUCCUCAGGAGCAAAACUCUGCGUUGCUUUUUCACUCAUUACAAGUUGAUGUUUACCCGCAGCUGACUGGAGAAUGUUCUCAUUUAUAGCAGCGCAGAAAGACGGAUUCUCCAGAGGCUUCUGUAAGAGUAACAGUCAUGUAUGCAGGACGCAAGAGGAGAAAACCCGUUCAGAGAGUGGUGAAGCAACCACCAACUGAGGGAUCCAAGUCCAAUCCAUCUAAACGACAUAGAGACAGGCUAAACGGGGAGCUGGAGCGGCUGGCCAGUCUGCUGCCGUUCCCUGAAGAGGUGACCGCCAGUCUGGAUAAACUGUCCAUCCUCCGCCUAAGUGUCAGCUACCUACGAGCCAAGAGUUUCUUCUCUGUUGCCCUGAACAAUCGAAAUGGAAUGAAGGAUGGUCACAAUAAUACCAAGAUCCCCGAGGGUGAGCUUCUGCUGCAGGCUCUCAAUGGAUUCAUCCUGGUUAUCACUGCCAGUGGGACCAUCUUCUACUCCUCUCACACCAUUCAGGACUACCUGGGCUUCCAUCAGACUGAUGUCAUGCACCAGAGUGUGUAUGAACUGGUCCACACGGAGGACCAGCAGGAGCUCAGAAGAAACCUGGACUGGGCUUUGAAUCCUCCUGCUCCAACAUCCCCCAAAGAGAUGGAAUUUGACAGUAGCUCAUCUGUGGUCUCCUACAACCCGGAACACCUGCCUCCGGAGAACUCGUCCUUCCUGGAGAGAAGCUUUGUGUGUCGCUUUCGCUGCCUCUUGGACAAUUCUUCUGGUUUUCUGGCUUUGAAUAUCCAGGGAAGGCUGAAGUUCUUGCAUGGGCAGAACCAGUGGCAAGAAAACGGAGGGAAAGCUGCACCGCUGCUUGCAUUAUUCGCUAUUGCGACUCCUCUUCAGCCUCCAUCCAUUCUAGAGAUCAGAACCAAGAACAUGAUCUUUAGAACCAAACACAAGCUGGACUUCACCCCCAUGGCCUGUGACGCAAAGGGGAAGAUAGUGCUGGGGUACACGGAGGCUGAGCUGCGGGUGAGGGGCUCUGGCUAUCAGUUCAUCCACGCCGCAGAUAUGUUGUACUGUGCAGAGAACCAUGUCAGAAUGAUGAAGACUGGAGAGAGUGGUCUGACUGUGUUCAGACUCCUGACUAAGGAAAACCAGUGGAAGUGGGUCCAGGCCAAUGCCCGGCUGGUGUAUAAGAAUGGGAAACCAGAUUACAUCAUCGCCACCCAGAGGCCUCUUUUAGAUGAAGAAGGAGGAGAACAUUUGCGUAAGCGUUCUAUGCAUCUACCCUUUACGUAUGCUACAGGAGAAGCCCUGCUCUAUCAGUCCAAUCAUCCCAUCGCAGGCUUUAGAGAUGGAAGCUGUGUAAAAAAUUUUAGCAAGUCAAAGAAGAACCGGACUGAUAAGCUGCUGACGGAUGGUCUGGACCCGGGCUCCCUUCUUGGGGCACUCAUGAGUCAGGAUGAGUCUGUGUAUGUUUGCCAGCCAGCUGUGGAGCCCAAACUGUCAUUUCACAGCAGCUUCUUUGCAGAGCACAUUAGUUUCUCUGAAGGUGAACCCUCCAGCCUGCACAGAAGCUGGAAUGAACCUGCUAAUGGUGUUGUAGGUUCAGGUAUCACAGAACCAGGUACCAGCUUUGACCCACUGCUGGCUACUUUGGACUCGCUCUCUUUGGAGGGCCAGGGGGUUAUGGAUGCAGAAGAGAGGAGUUACUCAAACAGCGAGCUGUUUGGAGCUCUGGAAGGGCUGGGCCUGAGUGCUGAGGACCUGGAGUUGCUGCUGCUAGAUGAGCGUAUGAUCAGAGUUGAGAUGGACCCUGAGCACGUGCCCACUUUGGAUGAUCUGCUGACAAACGAUGAGAUUCUCUCUUAUAUCUAUGACUCGAUAGAAGGAAGGACUGAUUCCACAGUACAUGGAGGACAGGUGCCUCCUAGCACUACCACAGCAACCUCCACACCAGUUUCAUUAUCAGAAAAUAAUCUUGAUACUAGUGUGCAAAUGCAGUUUCGUCCCUCCAAGCCUCCAAUAAUGGAGCACACUCCCAUUGUCCAGCUAUCCCAGCAGAUGCAACAGCAUCUCAACAUGCGAACCACUAAAGUACCACCUAACUGGGGCCAGCAGAGUGACCAUUUCCCCCACAGGAUAGUAAAUGGAGAGCUGCUGGGGCAAAAUCAGUCUAUUGGCAAUGGACAAUGGACAGCCCAAGACAUUCUAGUCCCAGCAGAGAUAGAGUUGAAACAACUGACCACACAACAGACUACUUUCACUGACAAGGCCUCAAACUUAAAUAGCAAGCUUCACCAACACUACCUUCAGCAGGAGCAGCAACCAAGGACCCAGAAGCAGCUCUCACAACAGUGCCAUGCCAAACAGACAGCAGCAAACCUUGACGGGCGAUGUGGUCCGUCGAGCCCAGAGCAUUCAGCAGAAAAAAUGCCAUGGCAGAACUACAGCUUCAGCGAAAACCUGGGCAGCAGUUUCUGCAUCGAUAACAGCCAAAACGCUCUUACAAACACCUCACUGGAGUCUUGCAGUGAUUAUAACAAACCCACUAUGGACAGUGUGGAUUACACAGUCAGUGGAAGUGGUUUGCUUGAGAGAAGUGCAGAGCAGCAGGGCGCUGAGUGCACAGUUGCAUCUUUUCGUGGAAUGAACCACAAAAGCCACACAGAGGAGAUCCCGGGCCCCUUGUUCGAGGUCAUCUCCAGUCUGUCGCAGUGCCCUCCCUCCACUAGCUCCCUGGAGCAGAUUCUAAGAGUGGGUAAGCCCUGCUGUCAGCUUGACCACUUUGGCAUGGUGACCUCUGAGAUCCUUGAUGACCCCAGUCACAGCAAGAUGGAAAAUGGCUGCGUGCUAAACAGUACUUACCCAGGAGGUUGUGCCCUGCCUAACAGGAAUGGAUCUGUGCCUCCUACUAUCCAGGUACCCAGCCCUGAGACUUUGCCUACACUUCCGGACCCACCAGCCACCGGCUUCUACCUCUGACCAUCUGACCAGGGACAGUCAUGUAGCAGGACACUGUGAAUGGCCAGAAACAUACAGUGACUGGACCAGCCUUAUACAUCUACACACUACAACAAACAAAGCUGAAGAAACGUAGGCCGACAUCUGUGUUGUCUGUUUUUGUCCUUUCAUUUUGACUUUGUAAUGUUGUGUCAGGGGAGGGGAUCACCGAGUUAUAGUUUAAGUCAUAUUAUCAUAUGAGUUCUUUGUUUACACUAAUGCAGUUAAAAGCGCUUAGCUUGUUUUAAGUAAAUAUGAAUCAUUGGAGGCUGGCUUUUAGAAAUCUGCAUUCAGAUACAUUGUAAAACCAACGUGUUCUCGUCCCAGGACAUCAGAUUCUGCUGUGCUGUCUUGGCAUUGUUACUUUAAUGCACCAGCAUGGCUUUGUUAGACACAGACACCGACAACCGAGAAAUCUGUUUUCAAGAGGAAUUUACAAGUUAGCCAGCCAGGAGUCUGUGGUUUAUGUCCUCUCAAGGAGUUCUGUAUUUUGCACUUUCAUUACAGUCAGUGAUUCUUUGCCUAUUUGUUUCAUACAGAUUAUUCAGAUUGAAUCUACAUUUAAAUGGACCAAGAAUUUGGCCACAUCUCCUAAUCUUAGAAUUCAGGUGUUUUCAGCCCCAUUUACAGGGGUGUAUAAAAUAAAGCACCUAUCCAUGCAGUCUGUCUUUACAACCAUUUAUGAAAGAAUGGGUCAUUAUAAGGAGCUCACAGAAUUUCUGCAUGGCACUGUAAUAGGAUGCUACUACUGCAGCAAGUCGGUUAGUGCAAUUUCUUCCCUCCUUCCUACAUAUAUUUUAUAAUCAAUUUUAAGGAGUAUUAUUAUUAUUAAGUGGAAGCUUUUAGCAGCCAGAGUAGCUCAGCCACUAAUGUGCCGUUACAAUGCUAAGGCAUACAAUGUGUAAAAAUGUAAAGUCACUGAUUUGCUUACUCAGUAACUAUGGAGGUCCAAACCUCUGGCAUUAAUGUAAGCACAAAAACUGUGGCAUGUGUUUCCAUGGCUCCUGUAGGCUUAAUGUGUAGGUGCUCCAGUGUUACAGUAGCCAUGUAGAGUCUGUUAUGUAAAAAAGGUCUGAUCCAUCCAUCUAUCCAUCCAUUUUCUGCCCAUCUCUGCCCAGACCACCCUCCUCCAGCACCUCAAUUCAAUUUUAUUUAUACAUCCCCAAAUCA